AGUCACAGAGUGCAAGUGUGUGAGCCAAACCGCUCCUGAGGGACGCGGUUCACAUCUCGCUUAAUACUUGGAUACUUAGAUUAUACACACCAUAAGAGGUUUUAGGAAGUCAAGGAACCGGAAGUGUCGAAGCCGCAGGCCCUCUAAAAACUGUGAGAGUCUACAGUUGGUCGACUCUGGUGUGGCUGCUUGCCGAGUCUCUUCGAUACACCGGUACCUCUGAACCCGUGGCUAACUAUGUAGCAAAUAGUGUACUGUAGUAGCCACUGUGAAAAAGUGUACUUAACCCUAAGCUAAAUCUGAUUGAAAUUCCUCUUUACAAGUGACGGAUAUCAACUGGGAAACAAGCAUUGAAAUAAAAAAAUAUAUAUAACUGUUUAACGCCCCUUAGAAAGGAAUAAAUAAGUUACCCUUAAAGAAAAUCAACCCAAGAAGUAAACAAGAAAGAAGAAGUAGAGGAGUGACAACAACAAAAAACAAAACAGAACCGGAAACUCGACACCUUGAAGCCUAUACCUCACUCAGUCUUCCAGUAGCGUUCGUGGCCACAACACCACCAUGUCACGCACGUCUGUCAACAUCACCACUGUGUACUCCUCAGCUCAGUGUGUCCUCUCUGUUGUUGGCUCAGUUGGGGUCAUUCUUCUAUUCGCUGGGAUACCACAACUCAUCUACUCGUCUGUAGUGAGCGUGGGUAACCUGAUGACCUUCCUGUUGGGGGCUAUCCUAAUCACUACAAUGGUCGCUGGCAACUCCUUCCUCAACUACAAGUAUCGGAGAUUCGAACGGGAGUCUCGAGAACGUCGGAGAGCCAACCGCAACAACGCAGAAGGAACCUCGUCAGCAGACCCCGAGGAUAAACCACCCAGCUACGAGGCUAUCCUCACCUCUGAUGGUCUUCCUCCAGACUAUUACUCCAUCCUCUCUGAAAAACCUCCCAGAUAUGAGGACAUUGCCGCUGGGAUUAUCAACCUCACUACAUUUUCUGUCGCAACAUCAAGUAGUAUAGAUCCAAACACCAGUGAUUCAAUUACUGUUAUAUCUGAGGCAGCACCUGCUGUAGACGCUUCGUCAGUCCCCCGCGUUGGAAUAGACAGCUUACCUCAAGUGUUCCAGCCAAAGACCAUCACCAUAGAUGUUACUGUUAACUCGGUAGAACAAGUAGAAAGCAACUACAAGGAUGAGAGAAGACCUGAAGUAGAGGAGGAUAGAAGUAAUGAGAUGGAAGAAGAAAGAAAACAACAAACACAAAGUGAAAGAAUUCAAGAAACCGAAGAUAUUAAGGAAGAAACUGAUGGUGAUAAAAUCCUACACACAAAAUAUAUUAGCCAGUGUGACAAAAACACUUCCAUUAGACAAGACUCACAGGUAGCCUUAGGCAGUAUGAAUGAGUCUGAGUUAUGAUAAUUUAUUUUUUAAUUAAGGAGAUUUGUGCCAUGUCACUGACGCUUUUUACAUGAUGAAAAGCUUUUAUCUGUGUUAAAUACCUCCAAUGUAUUUUUGAGUAAACUCACCAUACAUUUAUAGGACAACACACUGUAAAUAUACGGUGACUCUCGAGUACUGUCAAGCAAGCAUAGAAAAACUAGUCUUAUGUGAUUUGGAUUUUAAUGGAGAAAGGAUUAAUCCAUCAUUAGAAUAUAUGACAAGUGUACAAAACACAUUGGUUAUCAGUGUAUCGGCUAAAGUAUUUAUGUUCAUAUUUGUCUGAUCUGUUGUAUUGUACCUGUAAAGUAUGAUGUGUUAAACUUAUUAUUCUUUUUUAUGUUAUGUUUUCUUUGCCCUAUUAAGGUGUCUAGCGACACUGGUGGCUUGUGAUACUGUUUAAGAAACAUAAAUACAGUAAUUAUAAUCUUGAGAAUACUGUAGUUCUUGAUGAAGGCAAGAUAACUCUACCCUGGCCUAUAAUAUAUUUAAAUUAAUAUUAAUUUGGGUUUGUUAAGUUGUCAAGUGUGUGGAAAUUAAUUGCAAUACACAUAAAGUUUAUCUUUUCUUACAUUUAUACAAUUACUGUAGUUUGGUUCAAAUGUAACAACAAACCCAAGUUGUUGUUUUCCCCAUAAGGUCCUGUAAAUGCCAAGCAUUCAUUGAUACAACUCAAGAUGCAUUUUGUACAUUAAAAUACUGUAUGUGUAAAUAUGGGCUUCAAUGGUUGAUUAAUAAUUAUCUCAAACUGCAACACCUGGGUAGGGGACACAUCAUCCCCGGGAUAAUAAGUAUUAAGGACUGUGCCUACACAUCUCUGUAGGUUGUGAUACUCGCACUAGGUUAAGGAUUUUGCUCUAUUUGUGAUAUUCAUUUUAUAAUAAAAUAAAUAAUUUUUUAA